AACACUUUCUAUUAUGAAGAUGGACUAGAGAAUAUCUUUAACGAGAAUGGAGAGAAAGUUGUAGACCCAAUGGAGGAUGUAUUGACAGAUAUCAUCGAUCCGAACAUAGUUCUCGCCACAAUAACGAGCCAAGCUGCUUAUUUGGCUGCUAAA